ACAUUAGGGGGCUUUCAAAUAGUGGCUACGGCGUGGUCGUGCUGUUAUGCUAUUAUGCAGAAAAAGAGUUACCAAAGAAGCACAUUAAACCGUGUUCUUACGACUGCUCAUCGUGGUGCAGUCUUCACUUGCUUUAUGUUCGGUGUAGUCCUGACAGGGUACACAGUUAUUUCACUAGCCCAGUAUUAUAUAUUUAAACGACCUAUUAUCAAAAAACAGCAACAAGACUACGCGAAAGCACUUAUUUUUAAAGAGAAGCGGGAAAAAGAGCUUGGUUUGAGAGAUUGACAAUAUUUCACGUGAAGUUUUAUGAAAAGGUUGUCAAACCGUUUCGGUGAUUUCUUUCUUUCUAUGAUGUCCGUCUUGAAGUCUUACGAAAUUGCCAAUUUAAAACAACCAUCUACAAAACCUAUUGUUGAUGAAUCAAUCUCUGGUUCGUCCAAUCAUUCUACCAGACCUAGACGUAGGAAUAAUGCCAUUUUGUUGAUGUAUUCAGGCUGGGGUUAUUACGGUAUGCAAAGAUGCCCUGUUUUUCCAACUAUUGAAGGAGAAUUGUCUAAAGCUCUCUUUACUUGUGGUCAACUCGAUAAUCUGACAGGUGAAGAACAUAAAAGAGUUCAUUUUCAACGUGCAUCUAAAACUGACAAAUCCGUUUCCGCUCUUGGACAAGUUUGUUCCAUGCAAUUACACGAAGACACAGAUUUAUUAAAUAAAUUAAACAAAGCCCUACCUGAAAAUAUUCGUGUUCUUGAUAUUAUUCGUGUAACUCGUGGGUUUUCUUCAUACGGUUCGUGUACACAUCGAAUUUAUGAUUAUCUAUUACCUACAUUCGCCUUAUCACCUGCUACUUCAUUAUUAAACGAUUCCACUUGUUGGACUUAUCGUUUAACAGUUGAACAAAUUACACAUGUUAAUCGUUUACUUGAAAAGUAUAUGGGUACUCAUAAUUUUUAUAAUUUCACUUCAGGAAGACUUGCAACGGAUAGCAGUUGUAAUAGAUAUAUUAUAUCAGCCAAAUGUAUGCCAACAUUUCUACUCGGUGAGCAUCAAUAUACUAUUAUACGUAUUACUGGUCAGUCGUUUAUGCUGCAUCAAAUACGUAAAAUGAUUGGUUUAGCAUUAGCUGUUCUACGUGGUUAUGCAACAGAAGCAGUAUUUGAUAUUGUGUUCAGUAAAGAAAGAGUAGAUAUACCGAAAGCUCCAGGACUAGGUCUUAUGCUUAACCGAGUGGACUUUAGUCAGUAUAAUACAAAAUAUCAAAAUGACGGUAUCCAUCAACCAAUUGAUUGGAGUAAAUAUGAAGAGCAAAGAAACGAAUUCAAGAUGCAAUAUGUAUAUGAACAUAUUGAUCGAAUUGAGUCAGUGGAAAAGUCAAUCAAAUGCCCAAGCCAAUAUGACUUUAUUUUAGUCACCACAAUAGGCAACCUGGUCUUCCACUUAUGAUCUGGCAACAUUAUUUGUGAUUGUACCAUGUUUUUGCUUGUCGCGGAAUUCCAUGUGUUCGUUGUAUUCCUUAAGAUGUUAAAAUAUUUCCAACAACUGUCAAUUUCUUUAACUUUUGUCAAUUCUAUUGUUAAUGUUCAGUAUGUUCCAAUGGCUUUCUACAUUGGAUAAUCAUACGUAUAGCUUGAGAGAUUCUUCAUCUCCUCUGAUUGUUGUUGAUAAUGUUUCGAAAACCGAUAAUACUCAGAUAACCAAUCAAGAUUAUGUUACCACUCGCACACAUUUCAACACUAAAAAUAAUCUAAAUAAGAAUGAUGUUCCAGAGUGUGAUAUACCUGUUAAAAAAGAAAGGUUGGUAUUGUGAGAGGAUAUCUGUUUAAUUCUUCCUUUUAUGUCAAGUAGUGGUUUUAUAAUAAAUUGUUUAUAUUAGUCAUAAUGUUGUAUUCUUCUUUUGUUUUGCUUUAUAUUUGCCAAAUGUAUGCGAAGAAGAAAUAUAAAUACUACUAUUCUAAAUAGAGUUCCAUCUACAAUCUAUUUUCAAAGUGAUUCUCUCCCAAAUUUUAGUAACUUCUUUAUCUUUGAAAGUGGUUAAUAGGUAAGAAACAAAGGCAGUAAUCGUUAUCGGUAAUGUAGCAUCAUAGAAGCAAGUGAACUUGUCAUUCAUUUGUCUCACUGGUCGAUUGUCAUCUUAAUUUUAAUCCAUAUGUUUCCCAAUAAAUAAAGUAACCUAGUUGUCUGAUUUUUUUUUACUGUAAACUAGCCCGUAUGCCUUUCAAAGUAUUCAUAAUUUAUGCUCUUGCUGUUUCUUCGAGAUUUUCACUACUUAUUUUAAUAGUCUUAUGUACUUUGACCCUUUAUCAGUGUGUUUAGUGGUUCUAAGUUUUUGUUUUUGUUUGCGAUCUUAUUUCGUUAUUGUGUUCCCUAUUCUCGAUAAACCUGAGUAGAUGAAGCCCUUUUGCUUAGUGCUGCCAAAAUAAGGUCACAGUAUAUUUACAAUUACAUGUAGGAU